CCAUUUCAAGCUCCCGGAUGACCUGUGAUCUUCAACUAACUCACCCCUCAACAACAAUAGCAACUUGUUGAAGUUAUAUACACUUUUAUUUCGUUUUCAUAUUUUAGUACUCUACUUCAUCUCAAUAACGUUAUAUCAAACCAGUAGUCUUUUUCGUUCGUUAGUUAAACGUAAUUCGCCACGAUGAAGGCGUCUCUUCUCGCUCUCCUCCUGCCUGCGGCAGCUAGUGCUCGUUUCAUCGAAGCAAACGAAGCUAAUCGUAUCCUCCCUUACACCGGUGCUCUUGUAGAAGAGGUAGAAGCUCCGGAAAAGUUCCUAAUCGAGCUAUCUCCUGGUGAGACGGCUUGGGUAACUGAAGAGGAGAAAUGGCAACUCCUUCGUGAAGGACAACAUUUCAUGGACGUCACAGAAAACGGCGACCUCGGCUCGUUGCGUACCGCUUCCAAGGCCACUCCCGUCUUUCCCGAGAAAGUACAACUUCAAUCCGAAAUCCACCCACUACUAAAGAACCUCUCCAAGGACUUGAUAAAGGAACACCUUGAAAAGUUUACGAGCUUCCACACACGAUAUUACAAGUCCGAUUACGGUCGUCAAUCGUCCGAGUGGCUGCUAUCGAAGGUACAAGAGACAAUCAAGGAGGCAGGUGCUGACAAGUACGGCGUCAGAGCCGAACACUUUAAGCACUCAUGGGGUCAGAACUCGAUUAUCGCAACAAUUCCCGGCAAGUCGAACUCGACUGUUGUUAUUGGUGCUCACCAAGAUUCGAUUAACCUAUGGUUGCCGUCUAUCCUUGCGGCUCCUGGCGCUGAUGAUGACGGAAGUGGUACUGUUACGAUCCUCGAGGCCUUCCGCGUCCUUCUCUCUUCGGAGGAUGCCAUUAAUGGCAACGCUGAAAACACGAUCGAGUUUCACUGGUACAGCGCUGAGGAGGGCGGUCUUCUUGGUAGCCAGGCCAUCUUCUCGGCCUAUGAGAAGCAGAGCCGUGAUGUGAAGGCUAUGCUACAACAAGACAUGACGGGUUAUGUUCAAGGAACGCUGGACGCUGGCAAACCCGAGAGUGUUGGUGUGAUCACUGACUUCGUCGACCCUGGCCUGACUACCUUUAUCAAGAAAGUCAUCGAGGAGUACUGCGAGAUUCCUUGGGUUGAGACCAAGUGCGGCUACGCCUGUUCUGACCACGCGUCUGCCUCCAAGGCCGGAUACCCUUCCGCCUUUGUGAUAGAGUCAACUUUUGGCGAAUCCGACCAGCAUAUCCACAGCACUGAUGAUUUGAUCAAGUACCUAUCCUUCGAUCACAUGCUUCAGCACGCGCGAAUGACCCUUGCGCUUGUCUAUGAGCUUGGCUUCACCAACUUUGCGAAGCUGGAGAGCCAAAACCAGAUGGGCGAGUUGUAGAGCAAUCUUGUUACAUUAGGCAUAACAUUGUACCAGCGAUUAUUGAGAUUAAUUAUAGUUGAUAUCGGCACACGAGGAAUUAUCGAAGUUUAUGAAGUGUGUAUUGAACGCAUUAGGAUAGCGAUGAGGGAAGUAGAUUAAGCCCUUUGAUGUAUAGGCUGUACGAGUUUUUGAUUGGGCAGCGGUUCAUAGAAACAAAUCUUACAGGUAGAAAUUCAAUUCUAUGGGUAUUCCUGCA